CAGACAAGAUGUGAAAUGGAGAAGUAUCUGACGCCUCAGCUUCCUCCACUUCCAGUAAUUCAAGAGCAUAAAAAAUAUAGACGAGACAGUGCCUCAGUCGUAGACCAGUUCUUCACUGACAGUGAAGGGUUACCUUACAGUAUCAGCAUGAACGUCUUCCUCCCAGACAUCACUCACCUGAGAACUGGCCUCUACAAAUCCCAGAGACCGUGCGUAUCUCACAUCAAGACAGAACCUGUUACCAUUUUCAGCCACCAGAGUGAGACGACUGCCCCUCCUCCUCCGGCCCCGACCCAGGCCCUGCCUGAGUUCACCAGUAUAUUCAGCUCACACCAGACCGCAGCUCCAGAUGUGAACAAUAUUUUCAUCAAACAAGAACUUCCUACACCAGACAUUCAUCUAUCUGUCCCUUCCCAGCAGGGCCACCUGUACCAGCUACUGAAUACACCGGAUCUAGACAUGCCCAGUUCUACAAACCAGACAGCCGUAAUGGACACCCUUAACGUUUCUAUGUCAGCUGCCAUGGCAGGUCUUACCACACACACCUCUGCUGUUCCGCAGACUGCAGUGAAACAGUUCCAGGGCAUGCCCCCCUGCACAUACACAAUGCCAAGUCAGUUUCUUCCCCAACAGGCCACUUACUUUCCCCCAUCACCACCCAGCUCAGAGCCUGGAAGUCCCGAUAGACAAGCAGAGAUGCUCCAGAAUUUAACCCCACCUCCAUCCUAUGCUGCUACAAUUGCUUCUAAACUGGCAAUUCACAAUCCAAAUUUACCCGCCACCCUGCCAAUUAAUUCACAAAACAUCCAACCUGUCAGAUACAACAGAAGGAGUAACCCCGAUUUGGAGAAACGACGUAUCCACUACUGUGAUUUUCCUGGUUGCACAAAAGUUUAUACAAAGUCUUCUCAUUUAAAAGCUCACCUGAGGACUCACACUGGUGAGAAGCCCUACAAGUGCACCUGGGAAGGCUGUGAUUGGAGGUUCGCCCGCUCGGACGAGCUGACCCGCCACUACCGCAAGCACACGGGUGCCAAGCCCUUCCAGUGCGCCGUGUGCAACCGCAGCUUCUCGCGCUCCGACCACCUGGCGCUGCACAUGAAGCGCCACCAGAACUGAGCGCCCGGAGGCGCGGGCCCCGCCGCCCCGGCUCAACUCCACACUAACUAUUCCUAUAAAA